AUGAAGGAAUUGCAGUUGCAGGUGCAGGACGAAGAUGACGGAAACAGAGCAUGGAAGUUUGUGCUCGCCCACUGGAAGACAGUCGUCAAGUCAAGAGAACACAACCGCAAGUGCUUCAAGCGAGGCGAGGUCACAGUGAAUGGAGUCGUGGCAGAGGUGACAAAACUGCUGGUCAAGGGCGACUGGGUCAAGAUCCGCUUCGAUGAUCGUGCAGCUCACGAGUCUGUAUAUGGCAGGGAGAAGCUUGAUGUCCGGUACGAGGACGAUGAUUUGGCUGUUGUCGUUAAACCAUCAGGAAAGACCAUGGUCGCAUUCGGAUUCAUGCUACCUUUUUCAGUGUCACCUAGUCGUUCUGUCCAAGGCGCGGAUGAGCAACUAGAUCAUUUGGGGCAGGAUGCUGAGGCACAUGUUGAAUCCGGAGGUGUUGUUGUCGAGGACGGCGACGUGGAUGAUGAUAAAGACGAGGACGACAAUUUUGAAAUACCCUCCAACAUCUCGCCGGCAGUAGGUCAGCAGCACCGCUUACCCUGCGCCAUUCACGGCAUUGAAAAGGCCGCAAACGGACUUGUCCUGGUAGCAAAGACGCGGUCGAUGCGCGCAACGUUGCUAAAGAUGCACAAUGAAGGACAGUUUAUCAGGACAUUCAGGAUCAUCUGUCACGGCGCAUGGAAGAAACCAGACGCAGACGCAGCAGCAACAGAUGAAAGCACAAGGCAGGAUACCACAUACUACUCACCAGGCGGAUCUAUACCCAUCGACACGACUAGUCUCGAUGCCGAAUUCCUCGAGUCCAUCCGCGUCGUCCACCUGACACUAUCCAACGAGGCAGGACUUAUCUCAACUCUAGACAUUACCCCUCGGUCGCCGUACUUGGGGGUCAACAUCCGCCGGUAUCUUUUGAGUCAAGGACAUCCAGUUGUUGGCGACAGUGGCAACACUAAACCUCUUAAAGCCAACCGCAACAAGGGACUCUUUUCUGCCGUGAUAAAAGUCGAGUUCAAGCACCCACUCAAAGACACGACGGUCGUUGCGUCAUUUGAUGAACCAGCAAAGUUUGAGCAGCUCCGGAAUCGGGAACAAAGGGCGUGUGUGAGGCGAAAGGCUGAGGAGUUGGAGGAACUUCGCAAGGGAGGAGUCGAACCUGUCUCAACGUUUGACCGCAAGUCGGACAAACCUAUUGCAUACCAGAUCGGCGAGAAGGAUUUCUAUCAAAUGAGGUUCAAAGUGUCACCAGCAACACUUAUCCCUCGAUCGAGCACAGAGACACUCGUCAGGGCAGCCAUCACUCUUUCACAGCAGCGACCAGUCAAGAUCCUGGAUGUCGGCACAGGAAGCGGCUGUCUAUUGUUGGCACUCCUGAAUUCGCUACCAAGCGCGACUGGAGUCGGUGUUGAUAUCAGCACAGAAGCACUGGAGAUCGCCAAUAUAAACAAGGACUUGCACAACCUCUCAGAUCGGACAUCUUUCCUGCCAGGAGAUUUGAGUGACCUGCAAGGAACUCCAGAGCUCUUCCAGUCAUUUGACAUCCUCGUCUGCAACCCGCCGUAUCUGGACAGCGCCAAAGCCGACAGGUUAAAGACCCUCUUUGCAGGAACUGAGCAUGAGCCACCGGUUGCCCUAUUUGCUGAGAAGGAAGGAUAUGGAGCCUAUGAACUCUUGGCCUGCAGUCUCUCACGCGAUCUUUCGACGGACGGUGCGACGAGGAGCAUCAUGGCGAGCGGCGGGUAUGUUAUUUUGGAGAUUGGAAGCGGUAUGGGAGAACGUGUGCGGGAGAUCUUCAAGUUCCUUCGGUUUGAGGAAGCGCUCAAGGACAACCAAGAUUCCGAACGCUGCUUGGUUUUUUCAUUACCCACUUCUCCUGUAGAUCCUUAA